AUGAAGUGCAGUCUUGCAAAAAAAUCCAUUGAAUUAAAUCUACCCAUUCAAGUAGGCUUUUUUGUGUACCAGUAUGCCAAACUUCGCAUGCUACAGUUUUAUUAUGAUUUCUUAGACAAAUAUCUAAACCACUCAGAUUUCCAAAUGUGUGAAAUGGAUACGGAUUCAGCGUACAUUGCCAUUUCAGGGGAUAGUGUUGAGUCUUUGGUCAAACCAGAAUUGAAAGCAGAGUUCGAAGCUGAUAAAUGUAACUGGUUUCCCCGUGCCGACACUGCGGAGCAUAAGGCCUAUGAUAAGAGAAAGCCAGGUCUUUUUAAAGUUGAGUGGGCGGGACAAGGAAUCGUGGGCUUAUGUUCCAAAACCUACUACUGUUUUGGGGCCAAAGGUAAGUUUAGUUGUAAGGGUGUCAAUAAGAAAUGCAAUGACAUUAACAAAGAUAAAUACCUUAAUGUCUUACUUACAAAACAAAAUAGUGCUGGGGUGAAUCGAGGGUUCAGAGUUGUAAAUAAUACUAUGUACACUUAUACCCAGGUCAGAGAUGCCUUUUCGUAUUUUUACCCGAAACGUAAAGUUUUGGUUGAUGGAGUUAGCACCACUCCACUCGACAUUUAA